CAAUAAAGUCGUAGCGAACAAUGGCAACAAUAAUGCUUGCGUGGCUCGUGGUGCUGAGCGCCACGGUGCUGACGCUUGAGAUCCAGCGUCGGCUGCUGCUCGCGCGUAUGUUGGGUGCUUUGGUGAUGCUGCUGGGCUGGGGCUUUCUGCUGUCAUCCGAGUUGCAGCUCAAGGCUGUGUGCUGUGCCGUCGUGUACCACGGACUCGCGGAGGGUCUACGCCAGUGGCAGCGGAGCUUCCCGUGCGUAUUCGAGCGUCGAAAGGACCGUAAAGUGGUGCUGUGGCUGCUUUUCUGGGCGCGUGUCUUCAUCUGGGGUGCCACAUUGGGCGGAAUCGCCAUCUUCACUCUUCUAACUAGGUCCCAGGAGUCGACGAAGAACUCCCCGUCCUAUUGGCGAGAGGCCGCGAUGUUGGCGUUUUACUACGAAAUGGUGGAAGUACUGGUGAUGCUGUAUUUCGCAGACGAAGAGCUUCCUUACUUGUGGCACAAGCGGAUAGGCCACUGGCUCGGUGCGUUGCUCGUGGGGUUCCUAGAGAGCUCUGGACGACUGGAUGCCGUAAUACGAGGCCCCAUGUUGGCAGGCAUGUCACCGUUGGCACUCGUUGGCGUGCUACUUAUGGUCAUGUGGCUGUCGAUCGAGAUCCCGUGGGAUCGCAUCGCUGAGGCGACAAGUCCGAGUUUGGCUGAGGAGGAUUUAUACGAUAAAAUGCAGCCGCCAGGGCAUAACGGAGUGGACGAGAGGUUUGAAAGAUCCAGAACAAGCUGCAGGCGAGGGCUGUUUGUAGAGACAAGCAGAGACAAAGGCUUCAGCUUCCGACUGUGAAGAAAUGUGCUCAAGAACUCCAGAACUGGCAGACCUGCGUGGACUACAAGACCAAGAAUCAUACCCGUUGACAUGGCUCUCGACCAGUGACAUUCGUACUCUAUCACUCUACAUAUAGUAUUUAUUAUCAUUGAUUCCAGUCGUCAUUGUUGC